AUGAACCGAUCUCCAUUAUUUAGCAGUGGGUUAGAGUUGGGAAGUUUUGUUGUGACCUCUAAUGUCCUGCACCAUUCAUGGGCUGCAAUUUCGGAACUUUACACAGAAAUCAAUGAAGCGCCAUCUUCGGCUUCCCCUGUUACUGUUAGAUUCAAAAUUGAUGAUCAGCAGCCAAACUGUACAAUCAUAGCUUUCGUUACUUGGCCUCCUUGUACGAAAGAGCGUCUUAAAGGAGAAGGAGGAGGAGACUUGGUUUCAUCAUCAGCUCUUAAGGAGACUUUUCCUCUCUUUGAAUUCCUGUGCACCAAAACCAACCCACGUUUCUCCAUUAACAAACCUGCAAUCGAUCUUUUUGCCAGUGUCCAUGGUGUGCUGGAUUUCUUGAAAUCUCAGAUUUCCACGAAGCCAUUCAUUAUCACUGGACACUCUCUGGGAGGAUCUGUUGCCUAUCUCUUCACCUUAUGGCUGCUGGACAAAAUCAAUUUAGCAACCACCAAACGCCCACUUUGCAUCACUUUUGGUUCACCCCUUAUUGGUGAUGAUGGCUUGCAAGAAGCCAUAUUACAAUACUCAACAUGGAACUCUUGCUUUUUGCAUGUGGUUUUGGAUCGAGAUCCAGUCCCAAGAGUCUUAAUUUCACCCCCCAAUCCUAGUGCUCCUGAAUUGGCUUCUCCAACCAAGGAAUACAAGCCUUUUGGCACAUUUCUCCUGUGUUCCGAACUGGGUUGCGCUUGUCUUGAAAACCCUGAAUCUGUUUUGAAGUUGUUGAUGGCAACGGGUCCUGGAAAUCAAUAUCCUAAUCAAGUUAAUUUGGAGUUCUUUGAGUAUAAAAAUAUAGUCGAACAACUCCACGGUAAUGUAAUGUGCAAGGAUAGUACUACAAAACUCCACGAUGAAUGGAUUGCACAACCAUUACAGGCAGGCAUUAUUACACAACUAGAAGCAAUCGGACUGGGGCGACCGCAGGUACUAGCUCAAUCUCAAUGUCAUUUGGAAUUGGAUCAUAUAUAA